AACACCUCACGCCAGACAAACCGACAGCACCUAUAAUUCUGCUCUGUUGUCGACUAGUGUGAAACAGAGGUUUAUUCACAACGCUUCUUUGCAGCGAAUAAUAUCGAAAUGAAGCAUCGAGAGGUUUUGGAUGUUCCAAUAAAAAACGUGAUGUUAGGGGAGAAAAUCCAAACCUUAGAGAUCUUUUCAAACUUGGAAGCACACCCAGUCCUAUCCUGUCAAAUCUCAUUUUCCACUUUCCCUACUGUCGCAUGGAGACCGUCUGUUAGCACCUCUCCUGAGCUAGUUUACCUCCCACUUCUCCUAUCAUAUUUCGCAAAGUAUCAUGUACUUGCACAAAAAGACGUUUCCACGUUUCGGGGUCGAUCGACUUCUCGGAGCUUUUUUUCCUGUUUUCGCAUUUUCAGUCUUUUUUUGUUGCACAUGCAGGCACGUGUGGGGACUCCGAAAACGGAAAUCUAGAGAUGGCUAUCUGCAACGGAUCCCUUAACCAGGCACAGCAAUGAAGGGGGCACGUUCUUUGGCCGGGAAUCUUCACAUGCUAGAGGCUUUUGAUGAGGAUGUUAUGUGACCAUAGGAUUU